ACGAGAUGGUCGCUUUUUGAUGACGUAAUCAUCGCGCCGAACAACGACCAGGCUUCCCUCACAGCCAACUCUCGGACUGGAGCUUGGAUGGAUGUCAAAUAUGGAGCCUCGAUGACACAACAGUAGACGAAGCAAAAUAUUCCCAUUGGGAGAAGACCGUGAAGGCAACUUAACCUCUCACACGCUCAUCGCCACACAGCAACACAAACAUUCGAUCACUGGACCGGAACCGUGCAUGACCCAUGGACGACUUUCUCUCCGCUUGCCAUGCAGCCGUCCAGGCAAGUGCCGGCUUGCCGUCGGGCUGUCCGUUCCACGUGGUUCUGGGAAACGAGGCCUGCGACCUGGACUCCAUGGCAUCCUCAUUGGCGUACGCCUACUUCCUGUCCAAGACCUGUGGCAUCGAAGAGGCGCUCGUUGUGCCGCUGCUCAACAUCCAGCGGGAGGAGCUACCGCUCCGCUCCGACAACGUGUUCCUGCUGCGCCAGAUAGGCCUGUCUCCGGACCUCCUGCUCUUCCGGGACCAGCUUGACUUGGUGGCGCUGCGGCGGUCUGAUCGCCUGCGCCUCACGCUCGUCGACCACAACGUCCUUCCCAGUUCAGAUGCCAGCCUUGAGGGGGCGGUGGUGGAGGUGAUCGACCAUCACAUGCUGGAGCGAGAGCCCAGCCCCUCCUGCCCCGCUACCGUGGAGACAGUUGGCUCCUGCGCCACCCUGGUGACUGAGCGCCUCCUCCAGAAGGCACCACACAUCCUGGACCAGCAGCUGGCGCAGCUUCUCUACGCGACCAUCCUGGCGGACUGCGUCAACAUGGCACCCGCGGCGGGGAAGGUGACGGCUAAAGAUAGCCUGUUCGCUACCGCCCUAGAAGCACGUUUCCCCUCCCUGCCACCGCGUGCCGCUCUUUUCCAGGCCCUGCACAAUGCCAAGUUUGAUGUGUCAGGCCUCAACACGGAACAGAUGUUGAUGAAGGACAUGAAGAUGCUCAAAGGAAGUUUGUCCAUGGCCAUCUCCGUACUCUACCUGCCCAUUGAGGUGUUCCUGCAGAGGGUGGAGCUAGAGGAGAAGCUUUCUGGAUUCUGCCGCAAGUUGGCUUUGGAUGUGCUGGUUUUGAUGAGCAUCUCCUUCACAGAGGCCAAGCAGCCCAUCCGAGAGCUGGCACUCUUUAGUCACAGCGCCACCUGCAGGGAACAGGUAAGCCACUUCCUGGAGCGGGCCGGCGACCCCGCCCUGGACCUGCAUGCUAUCAGCUGCCCUCAUGACCACAUGGCGGCCUUUCACCAAGGUAAUGCGUCGGCGUCGCGAAAGAAGAUUCUGCCGCUGCUCAAAGACUUUGUGAGGGUGCGCCGCGGCCAGGACAAGGACGACGAGGACGGGGAGCGCCGGGUGCCGCCCACGCCCGCCAACAGCCUGGUGGAGGGCUGCCCCCUGGACGCCGGUCCACCCCCCAUCAGCGCCCACGCUCUACACGACAAGUUUGGCCAGAUCGACGCUCGUUGAGCCCGCAAGAUGUGCUCUUCUCCAACCGAACUGUCAUUUAUGUGCAAAUAAAGGUAACAACCUCAAA